CUCUCUCUCUCUCUCUCUCUUUUAUGUUUUGCUGUACAUGUUGUAUGAUUGUGUGUUGUUGUUUUUAUUUUUAGUUAGGAAAAGACGACAAAAUCAAUGAUUUUAUAAUCAGGAUAUCACUGUGGCACCAGCAGCAGCUAAUGGGGGACGUGUUCUUAGGACAGAUACACUUAUCACUCUCCUCAUUAUCACUCACUGGACCACACCCACCUCGCUCCUACCAGGCCUGGUACAGUCUCCGCCCCGGGUCAGAGUACAGUCCGCUAAAGAUUGGAUCAAUGAGAUUAUUACUAAUAUACCAUGAGGACUAUAUACUCACAUCAACCACUUAUCAACCACUACUGAACCUACUAGUGAACUCCAUCACUGAACCGGAUUUUCAAGAUACCUCAUUGUGUAUACUGAAUGAAGUGAGUAAGGACAGAUCAGCAAUGGGUCUCUGUAUAGUCAAUCUAUUCCUCCAACUCAAUAAAUUUGAGGAGUUAGCUCAUAGACUGAUUACAGUUGAAGUUACCUCCACCAGUGAUCCUAAUACAUUGUUUCGUGGUAAUUCUGUGGCCAGUAAAGUGAUUGAUGAGUUUAUGAAAGUUGUUGGACAAACUUAUCUACACAGGACACUGCAGCCUUGCAUUGAUGAGAUUUUUGAAGUGAAGAGGUCGUGUGAAAUUGAUCAGUCGAAAUUAUCUGAAGGAGAAAAUAUUGACCUUAACAUGACUAAUUUAUUAUUUUUUGUUGAGAAGCUCAUGAGUGCCAUUACUAGUUCUGCCCGUUCCUGUCCCUCAGUUAUGAAGAGAAUAUUUCAUUUAUUACGAACACUAUCAGUCAAACAAUUCCCUGAGUUUGAAGAUGAAGUCCGAUUCACAUCGAUAAGUGGGUUUAUCUUCUUAAGGUUUUUUGCUCCGGCCAUUUUGAAUCCAAAGCUGUUCGGACUACGACCCGAGAAUCCAGUCAGUACAUGUACACACCGAAAUAAAAUACAUGUACUGUGUAGCAGCUGGUGGAAUUUGGAAGGGAAGAAAAAUCAGACUGUCUCAAGGACUUUGCUUCUCAUUUCUAAAACUAUUCAAAAUUUAGGAAAUGUCGGAGCAAGAGUAAAUAAAUAAAUUAAAUUAAUUUU